CGAACACAGACAUACCUGCCAACACUUAAGUCUACUCGCUGGAUUUCAUCUCCAUGGCAACAAGCAUGGAAGGUCAAGAGGUGACUCCAGCAACACUUCUGAAGAGCCAUAAUGCUGUGACAGUGAAUAAUGAGUAGUACCUAUUGUGGCAACUCUUCAGCUAAGAUGAGUGUCAACGAAGUAUCAGCUUUUUCAUUGACUCUGGAGCAAAAAACUGGCUUUGCUUUUGUUGGGAUUUUGUGUAUAUUCUUGGGACUUCUUAUUAUCAGAUGCUUCAAAAUCCUCUUAGACCCGUAUAGUAGCAUGCCUUCCUCUACAUGGGAAGACGAAGUUGAAGAGUUUGAUAAAGGGACAUUUGAAUAUGCACUUGCGUGAGAGUUUCACCAUUAAGGCUUUUAGGGCUAUGCCACUACGACACAUGGAAGAUACAAUUGUAAUUUCCUUGAGCAUGCUGGAAGAAGCUCAUUUCAUUCAGUAAAUUCAAUAAACACGUGUGGUUGGACAAGUCAUCUAACCUGUAUGGACUUCAAGGAGGAGGCUAAUCAAAGCAUUUUUAAUGUCCCUUUCAAUUCUAGUGCCCUAUGAACCCAGUGAAUGUAUCUGGAAGCCAGAGACUUGAGAUGAAUGAAGGUUUAAAUGUCAUUAGAUGUUUUUCAGUUUAGGAGUCUAAUCUCUUGUGAUUUGAAUUCUAAUGUUGACUUAGUCAAGAACUAGCCUUAUGACUAAGGGACACUUUUCCAGAUCUGCAAAACAAGGAUAAAGAAACCUAUCCUGCAUAUUUUACAGGGAUGUUGAGAGGACCAAGUGAUGUGUAAUGAAUGUGAAAGCAACUUGAAAAUCAUAAAAUAUUGU